AUGGCCGGAAGCUCGGGUGUAUUGAAGAAAGUUCUGCGACUCAAACUGCAGCUCAAAGAGGCAGCAGGACCAGACACGGUUUUGAAAGCAUUGCAGCAACUCAGUGAUCUGGAUAUCACAUUAGAUAUUCUCACCGAAACUGGAAUUGGAAAAACCGUCAACUCCUUGCGCCGACAUGAAGAAGCUGGAGAUGUUGCCAAGUCACUUGUAAAAGACUGGAAAAAGCUACUGUCCAACACGACUACAAGCCACACAGAAGAGGUAUCUGAUGGACUAUCUCAGCCACGCAGACUGGGUGACUGCGAAAGCCUGGAUAAGGGAGGUUUUCUGGAAGAUGAUUUUAAUAACAAUUGUGUAACAUCAAAGGGGGUGGAAAGUGAGGAAGAAUAUAAACAUAGAAAAGAAAAUAACAAAAGAAAAAGGAAGGAGAACCAAAGGGACGAAAAGCAUUCGUAUGAGAUGGUCCAGAGGGAGAAGAAAAAGGCCAAAGACAAGGAUGGAGACUCGGAUUCCAGACCUCAUGACAGAGCUGGUGCCAAUUCAACAAGAGCUAAAUCCGAAACUCAAAACCAUCAGUCAAAUAAAAAAUCACAACCGAAAGAAUCCUCGCAGGACAAGCCAUCAGAUGGGAAACCUUUAAAAACACUGCUGAAAGUGGACAGUGCAGAAAACCGGGAAGUGACAUCAGAGCUCCGGAGCUCAGAGAGGAAAUACAAAAAGGGCAAAGACGUGGAGCUUCAAAUCAAAUCCAAAAAUGAAGAAGGCGAAGAGGACCCCCCUUUGUCUUUUGAAUCUUGCCUAAAUUACGACGCGCAUCUUUCAAAGAGGUGCCGGCGGGCUGUGAAAAAAACACCCAAAAAGACUGAAGUAAAACAAAAAAGCACAAAAACGCCUGAAUCUGUCAAACCUGUGAAGUCACCCGAGAAAACUGCUACACCUGCAUCACCUCAAAAGGGUUUCAUGGACAACCUGAUCAACAUCCCGUUACCAACCGUCCUGCUGGACUGUGAAAACCCAUCCAGUUUUGAAUACUACGAGAGAAAAGUUGAGAAAAAGUCCUAUGAGGUCUUGGAUGAGUCCACAGUCUUCACGGGUCAGCGACUGAACAAGAAGAUGCAGGUCUACUCCGGUGCCAAGACCGUGUUCCUCCCGGCCAUGAUGAGCUUAUACCAGCAGUGUAUCCGCACCCUGCAGAACAACAUCGAUUUGCUUUAUGAAACCGGUGGAGUCCCGUUCGAAGUCCUGGAGCCGGUUUUGGAGCGGUGCACUCCGGAGCAGCUGCUGCGCAUAGAAGAAUUUAACCCAAUGUACAUCGGUGAGACAGACCACUUAUGGGGCAAACACUGUCAGCGGGACUUUAAGGAUUCUAAACUGCUUGAGUAUGAAUCAUGGAAGGAGAUGUACGUCCGACUGUCGGAGGAAAGAGAGAAGAAGUUCCAGCGGCUGAAAAAAAGCAUCGCGUCUGCUCAUUCCAGCAGGCCACAGGGUCGACAGGUGAAGAUGGCGUUCAUUCACACCGUGGCAAAACCUCCAAGAGAUGUGCGGAUUCAACAGGAGAUCCAUGGUACUGCAGUUCAACAGCCGACCUGCAGUGUAAAGACUCAUGAGAACAAGUCAGUGCCGAAGACCGAACCCCCCAGAUCUACUAAUGCCAGUGCAGCAACCAGCAAUAAUCAGGACCCUCGCAAGAAAACAAAAGUUGCUCCAAUGAUGGCCAAGUCCUUGAAGGCGUUCAAGAAACAAAUGGGACGAAGAUGA